CUGUGUAUGGUCGUGACUGAAUCCAUCUUAUAGCUGCUUCCAACCUUUCCCUGUCUUUAGUAGGCAUCUCUACUGUCCCAGUGGUGCCAGGAGUUGGGAGAGGGGGAAAAAACAGGAUGUGGAACAAGCUCUUUGAUUAAUGACAGUGACGAAUGUGACCUCUGAGUGUGGUAUGCAGAGCAACGGGAGUGCUGGAGGGUCUGAAACCAGGGGCUCAUCAAGAGUGGCCCUUGUCUGCCAUUGAAGGCUACAGCUGAGCUUGUCUGCCACCUGCUGGCUAACUGUGCACAUGACAACAUGCGGUCAGGGUAGCCAAGAAGGGGAGGCGCCUGAAUGCUGAGUAACAAUGUAAGUCAAAUAGGAUAAAUGGUACUUUGUUUAUGGGCAGGUGCUGCCAUGGCUAGGAAGAGAGGCCACCUGGCUGCUGGGCUGUCAGGCACCUGCCCAGCCCUGGCACCCUCUCAAAAGCCAUUAGAAAGGAUGCAUGCCCCAGUAGGUCCUUCUCCGACUAUGUCCCCUUCCACCUCCCUGACACCUGACCCCAUGGUUAACCAUAGUCCAUGAUCAAUGGGAAAGGUUUCCUCCGGCCACCGCUCCUCCCGGGCAGCGUAAGAAGCACCCGUAGAGAACAUUCUCCUCUCCGUGCCACAAGGAUGGGGAAGAUGUCCCUUCCCACCGCCCUUGCCACACGGCUUGGUGUCACCUUUCCUGCCACCCUGUCAGUCACAUGUGAUUUCCCUCAGACAGAAAUUCAGUGUGGUCGAAAGGGAGGCAGAAGCAUCAAGGGCUGAGCUGCCUGCCUACCUGUCCACCCCACACCCUGGCUUAGGUCUCACCCACAUCAGCACACCUGAUGAUAGAGACACACACACAACCCUCUAGGCCUGAGGCCAGCAAUAGAUUCCCAGUUCCUGGGGAGGGGUAGCUCAGGGCCCACAGCUACCCAGCACCUACAGACUUCAAUCUAUCUCCACAAAUAGCUCAGUAGCCUGCAACUAGCUGUGUGCAGAGGGAAAGAGACUAUUGCCAAAAAAGCAUGUUUUCUGGAAACUCUUGUCGGGACCUGCAUGGACCCAGAAGGUGUCACAACUUGCCUUAGACACAUUUGCUACGGUUGCUGCAAACACUGGGUUAAUAGACACAAGGCCUGAGCUGCCUGCUGGCCCUGCUGCACAGCCUUUGUGUGUGCUCAGUAAAUAGCUCAGAGCAGCAGACGUGGCCAGGUACACAGCAAGUGUCACCAAAUCCUGCAGUUUCUUCACCUGGCAGAGUGUGCAACCCACACGAGUUCACUUCUGCUUUAGAGGAGGCGGUUUGACUUGCCUACCUCUGUAUGGAACAGAAGCCCUGAGCAACAGUGGCUGCAUUUGAGUUAGGAAGUGAUUGCAAAAUAUCUCAAACUCUGCUCUUUGGCCUGUUCCUUCUCAGUUGCAAAGUGGUUACUUCCGCUCUAGCCGUUCUGGGAUCGUCCUAGGCAAAAGAAAGGGAAAGACACCUGGGAGGAGAAAGUUCGGCCAAUGGUGUCAGUAGAGCAAGGUGAGCACAGAAAGUUCUAGAAGGCUGUUUACAUUUCACUAGCCAGAACUAAGCCAAGUUGACUGCAAGGAACACGGGAGAAUGGCACUGUUUUUCUGUUUUGCUUCGUAUGUUCCAGGUUGGCCUCAAACUUGCAAUGCCGCUGGGGCUGACCUUGAACUUCUGAUCCUUUUGUCUCCAAUCCCUGCAUAGCGGGAUUAAGGUGUUGGCCACAAGUUUUUGCUGAGGGUUGAACCAAGGGCUUCUUGCAUGUCAGGUGAGCAUUCUACUAAGUCAGCUGCACCCCUAGCCCUAGAAUAGCGGCUUCUUACUGAACAUAUCCCUCCCUCUGACAAACCCUGAUGUCUACAAGUAAACGCAGAGAGGGGACUGGGUGCCUCGUUGGUGACCAGAGGACCUCAGCAAGCUGUCUGGCAUUUACCAAGUGUGCAGUAAAGGGAGUGGGGAGUCUGGUUCCUGCUCCAGCAUGCUCUUGGCUGUUCCCUCUCCUCAUGAGAGAGACCACUUCCUCUCUCUGUUUGCUACUUCUCAGACACGCAGGGAGGAUGGGGCUCUAGGUAAUAAGUAGAAGCCAGGAGUCAAGAGGAGGCCAAAGGCUGGGGCAGGGUGGGAACAGGCUGUGGAAAGUCCCUGGGCCUGUGAGGUUCACACCCUGAGCGGCAAGUCGCACUGGGUGCCACCUCCUCCCGAGGUGCCAGAGCAAUGCUCACCCCCAUCUGGGCUUUUUACAGCUGCUGACACUUAUUUGGGGGAACAGUGAGCUCCUGGGUCCUGGAGGUUGAGGAGAUAAAUGCAGGUACCAGGCAGGCUCAGGGAGACAAAGCAGAUCCUGGACUGAGGGGCUGUUCAGUCUCUGGCACUUUCCUAAGAGCAGGAGAGAGUGAAACAGGCCAAGAGAUAGACUAAGAGAGACACCGAGAGAGAGAGAGAGAGAGAGAGAGAGAGAGAGAGAGAGAGAGAGAGAGAGAGAUUUGAAAGAGAAACAAGCUAGAAGCAGGUGUGGAGAGGGCAAGCCCUCCCUGAAGAAGGGUGCUGAGCCUAGGUUUGGAAAGGCCACCAGAGAACCAGGACCCGGGCAGCACCAUGUCUGAGUGUGGCAAGGGCUGCUACCCAAGACUGCAGGAGUGUCAGCAUGGCUGUAAGAAGCACCUGGGAGACAUCAUCAGCUUCUUCUUCCGCUUCAUCUCAGGGAACCUGGCUCGAGACAGCAGUGACAGUGAACUGGAGUUAUCCACGGUGCGCCAUCAGCCAGAGGGCUUGGACCAGCUACAAGCUCAGACCAAGUUCACCAAGAAGGAGCUGCAGUCCCUUUACCGAGGCUUCAAGAAUGAGUGUCCCACAGGCCUGGUGGAUGAAGACACCUUCAAACUCAUUUAUUCCCAGUUCUUCCCUCAGGGAGAUGCCACCACCUAUGCACACUUCCUCUUCAAUGCCUUCGAUGCUGAUGGGAACGGGGCCAUCCACUUUGAGGACUUUGUGGUUGGGCUCUCCAUCCUGCUUCGAGGGACGGUCCAUGAGAAGCUCAAGUGGGCCUUCAAUCUCUAUGACAUUAACAAGGAUGGUUGCAUCACCAAGGAGGAGAUGCUGGCCAUCAUGAAGUCCAUCUACGACAUGAUGGGCCGCCACACCUACCCCAUCCUGCGGGAGGAUGCACCCCUGGAGCAUGUGGAGAGGUUCUUUCAGAAAAUGGACAGGAACCAGGAUGGAGUGGUGACCAUUGAUGAAUUUCUGGAGACUUGUCAGAAGGAUGAGAACAUCAUGAACUCCAUGCAGCUGUUUGAGAACGUCAUCUAGGACAUGUGGGAGGGGACCCCGGUGGUCAUUGCUUCUCAACCCAGAGAAGCCUCAAUCCUGACAGGAGAAGCCUCUAUGAGAAACAUUUUUCUAAUAUAUUUGCAAAAAGUGAGCAGUUUACUUCCAAGACACAGCCACCAUCACACACAGACACAGACACAGACAUACAGACACACACACACACACACACACACACACACACACACACACACACAUGGUUCCUCUGGCUUGGCCAAGGAAGUGGCAGCCAGAAGGCACCCCCGCCUAUUCCUAGGUCAAUAAAAAAGGCUGCCUCUGGGAUGGCCAGCCCUGGCUAGAUGUUACCCACAAGGAACUCAGAGAUCGAGAGGACCAGGUCUACAAAGCUAAGGUCCCUGUGUCUUUUCUACCACUCGGGAGAUCAAACUACUCCCUGCCUAUGGACCCAUGCUCUUAGGAAGCUCCCAGAAACUCCAAGGGGACAAAGAGGGGAGAGGUCUAUAGGAAGAAAUGGUUUUGGAAGCUGGGCUUGCAGCCUUAUGCUAAUGAUCACCUGGGGUCCUGGAACCUGAGUGCCAGGCUACCUACUAUGCCGUGAGCUUAGAUAGUGAGGGGCCAUUGGACUAAGACCUCCUGUAAGAGUGGGGCAGGAUUGAGGUUUUUGGAGAAACUGAGGAAACAAUUUGUCCAUACCACUGGGUGAAGACUGCUGGCCAGUGGGAAUGUGGCUGGUGGAGAUUUCCCAACUUCCAGCACCAGGAUGGCCUCUCCAAGGUCCUCUUUGAUUCCCUGGGGAGAUCACCUGGCUCAUAGACUGACAACCAGGGAACUGGGCUGAAAUGGGAGGUCUGGUAGGGGGCAUCCCCCUCCUUUUCCCUGGCCACUUGCCACCCAGUUCCUUAACACAGUGGAUCGGCCACACCUCUGUGGCUGCCCUUGAACAGACUCAUCCCGACCAAGACAAAAAAGCACAAACUCCUAGCAGCUCAGGCCAAGCCCACAAGGGAAGGCCUGGGUCCCUGCAGCCCUGAUUCAGUGGCCGAGGAAGACGCUCAGACAUCCAUCCUGUACCUCGGAGCCUUGGGGGUCUCACAGCCCUUUCCCAGCCCAGCUCGCCAACAUUCUAAAGCACAAACCUGCGGAUUCUGCUUGCUUGGGCUGCGCCCUGGGGAUUGAAGGCCACUGUUAACCCUAAGCUGGAGCUAGCCCUGAGGGCUGGGGACCUGUGACCAGGCAACAGGUCAGCAGACCCUCAGGAGGAGAGAGAGCUGUUCCUGCCUCCCCAGGCCUCGCCCAGAAGGAACAGUGUCCCAAGAAGCAUGUUUCCUGGAGGAACAUCCCCACAAAAGUACAUUCCAUCAUCUGAAGCCCGGUCUCUGCUCAGGCCUGCCUCUGAAAGUCCACGUGUGUUCCCCAGAAGGCCAGCCCCAAGAUAAGGGAGGUCCUUAGAGGAAGGACAGGGUGACAACACCCCUAUACACAGGUGGACCCCCCCCCCCUCUGAGGGCUGUACUGACCCCAUCUCCAUCCUGACCGGGGCCUUCCUUUACCCGAUCUACAGACCACCAGUUCUCCCUGGCUCAGGGACCCCCUGUCCCCCAGUCUGACUCUUCCCAUCGAGGUCCCUGUCUUGUGAAAAGCCAAGGCCACGGGAAAAGGCCACCACUCUAACCUGCUGCAUCCCUUAGCCUCUGGCUGCACGCCCAACCUGGAGGGGUCUGUCCCCUUUGCAGGGACACAGACUGGCCGCAUGUCCGCAUGGCAGAAGCGUCUCCCUUGGGUGCAGCCUGGAAGGGUGGUUCCUGUCUCAGCGCCCACCAAUAUUCAGUCCUAUAUAUUUUAAUAAAAGAAACUUGACAAAGGA